UUAGAGGUUGUUUUUGUCCUGUCAUUGGACAUCUAGUUGCAAGAGUAUUGAUAUUGGAUGAAAAGACUACAGAGUCCUCUCUGAUUUUAUUAUAAAAUCAACAUUCACAACUAUAUAUGUCAAUUGCAAGAAACUUGGGUUUUUACCAUUUUUCUGUUUAUAAGGCAUAUGACUUUCAAUGUGAAGCUAGUGUCAUUUGAAACAGACUUAACAGAGUUUCUCAGGCACUAUGUGGUCUUAGUGUAAUUGGGGAAACUUCAGUAGUACAAGAUUAUCAGCAUGACUUCACGUUGCCUGACUUUCAGGAGUUGGUAGAGAAAUUGAUACAUCUGGAGCAGCAAUAACCUGGAGGUCUUGCUUGGCAGUAGGCUGACUUGGCCUUUCAACUGUAGAGAAGACCCAAGGAUAUAUAAGUGGAGCAAGAAUAUAUAUUGAGUGAGCAGAAUUCCAAUAUAGGAAAUAAUCUAUGUAUUGCAAGGACAAUAUAAGAAAAAUAAAAGAACAUGCUACAAUGAAUUUGUUUAAAAAUGACUUGUGUAUGAAGCCCUCUGAAAUCACAUAUCUUCCCCCAAACCAACAUGCAGAGUGACUAUCUCAAUUCAACUCAGAUGUGACAGGACUUGAUAGUCAUGAAGGUCCUCAUUCUUGCUUGCCUGGUGGCUCUUGCCCUAGCAAGGGAGAAGGAAGACGUCAGUGUAUUCAGUGAGACUGCAGAAAGUGUUUCUAGCAGUGAGGAAUCUAUCACACACAUCAACAAGCAAAAACUUGAGAAAUCUAAACAUCAGGAACAGCAGCAAAAAGAGGAUGAAAGCCAGGAUAAAAUCCACCCAUUUUUCCAGUCACUGCCUUUCGUUUAUCCUUUUGCUGAGCCCAUCCCUUUCACCCUCUUUCCACAAAACGUCCGGCUUUCUGCUCAGCCUGUGAUGUCGCCUUUUGUUUCACCUGAAAUAGUGCAAGACCCCAAAAGCAAGGAGACCAUCUUUCCUAAGCACAAAAUGAUGCCCUUCCUUAAAUCUCCAAUCACGCCCUUUUCUGAUAGUCAGACCAUGAACUUCACUGACCUCGAAAACCUGCAACUUUUCAUGCGUCUUUCUCUGCCCCAGUCCUGGGUGCCCCAAGUGUCCCAAGUGCCCCAAAUACCCCAGAUGCCCCAGAUACCCCAGAUGCCCCAGAUACCCCAGAUGCCCCAGAUACCCCAGAUGCCCCAGGCUCUUUCUCAGAUUUUUUCUCAGACUCCCAGGAUUCCUUCUCAGCCCCUGCCACCGUUUUUUCAGUCCAAAGUCCAGGCUAUUCCCCAGCAAGUGACACCCGCCCCCCAGAGAUACAUGUCCCUGCAAGCCCUUCACCUGAACCAGCAACCUCUGCUUGAUCAGACCCACCAGUUCUACUCUAUGCCUCUGCCACUCGCCCCCGCUUACAGCUUCUUGAUGGUCUAAGAGGAUUUCACAGUUCA